AUGCUCUCUGUGACCUCAGCCUACCUUGUUGUUUGCCUUUCCAGAGAAACCCGCUACCUUGUCCUCCAAGGCUCUGUGAUGUCUGGGAGACAUUCGCCUGGUGAAUUAAGCUAUGAACUUUCCUUGGAAAUCAGGCACCAAAACAAUACAGUGAUUUUUCUCUGGUAUAAAAUGGAGCCCUUUGAAAGCAUCACAGGCAAGAAGGUUGUGGACCUCCAAAACUUGCUGAACUCCGGCAUAGCCCACCCGCUCUCAGAGGCUGCCGCCAUCACUAACCAAACCAAUGCCACUGCGUCAGUGCUCACAAACCCUGGAUAUUUUUUGGAGACCCUCUCCCAAUUUGUCAACAAAGUCCUCAACCCCUCUGGUGAGCCUCCCGUUGCCCAGGGGCACCUCCUGCUGGAUUUCGACACAAUGGAGGCCCUUCCUCACGAACUGCUCAACUUGUCAGAGAAAGUGGCUUUUGAGCGGCUGGUGCAGUCUGAAAAUCACCUCGUGGUCCUUUUCCCCGAGAACAGCCAAGCUUUCAUGGAGCGCCAGCUCGGCCAGUGGUACCUCGAGGGAAAGUUGCUUCGGCAACUGUUGGAGAAGCUGCAUUCUGUGAUCCAAGAGCUGAAAGCCAUGCCGUCCUUCCAAGCCAACGCCGACCUCUUCCGUACUCUGCUAGCUCUGUGCUACUAUCCUUCGAGGGACUCCGGAAAGUUUCCCACGAGCGAUUCUACAGAGACGGAGGAAACACAAACCCGCAGAAAAAUCCACAGCCUUCUGCUGCUCAAGGCUCUCCAGGUGGUGCGCACUCGUUGGCAAGAGGCCAGGAAGGUGUCCUUACGUGCUAACCGUAGCACUCAAGUCCAGGAUGACUACUGCCGGCUGCGAGAGCUCAGGAUAAACCUGGUCUCCACCAGAUACAUCAUUUUACCGGAGUCAUACAAUGCCAACAACUGCGUGGGGCCCUGCCAGAGCCCGCUCUCCACCCGCAUCCCGGACUACUAUUCCCACACCAUUUUCCUGCUGCGUAUGCACGAACAGGGCAUGCCGCUCCAGCGAGCUCCUUGCUGCGUCCCGGUGAAAUAUUCCAAAAGCCUCAUGGUUACCUUUACCAGUGAUCAAGGGAUGAUAGUUAAGGCCUAUCCAGAUAUGGUGGCGGAGUCCUGUGGGUGCAGGUAG